UAUGACGAUGAAGAUGCGUCCCACUUUGAGACGAAACCGCGCUUAGCGAAGCGAAAUAUUAUCUCACUUUUAGAUUUGGACUAUUUUUCAUUUCCGACGAGUGUUUAUUCGGCUACGUCGGCGUGCGACUCAGGCGGUUCGGGAGCUUCGAGGCGGGAUGAGCGGCGACCGGCCACAGGGGGAAGGAACACCCGAGACGGGAGUAAUCCGCUGAGGAACACGAAGAGCGCCAUGGCUGGGAUAAAAAGCACUUUGUUCGUCUGUCUGCACUAUGCGCUCCAGUACGCGGGGUCCCGCGAGGUGACUGUACCCGAGGGACCCUUGUACCGCGUGGCCGGCUUCUCCCUCUCCCUGCCCUGCGCCGUCUCUGGCUACGAAGGCCCGCGCACGCAGGACUUUGAGUGGUUCCUGUACAGAGACGACUCCGGCGGGAGGCAGAUGGGAGUGGUGUCCACCAAAGACAAAAGCUUCCCCUAUGCCCCCUUCCAAGCCCGGGUGAGGAACGGAGAGGUGAGGGUGGACCGUGACUCCGGCGAUCACGUGCGGCUAGUGGUGCAGAGGCUGCGCACCGACGACCAGGGCAAAUACGAGUGCUACACGCCCAGCACAGACGGCGUGUACCAGGGGUCCUACAGCGGCGCCGUGGUCGUCAAAGUGAUUUCUGACACACUCCAGAUCAGCUUCACCCGCUCCCUGACAGGGCAGCCCCUCCCGGAAGGUGCCGAAUUAACUCUAACAUGCUCGGCCAGCAUCCGCUCGGAGCAGCUCACGCACCUGUCCGUCACCUUCGGGAAGCGAGGUGGCCAAGCGGGCUCGGACGGCGCGGCCGGGCCGGAGCUCAGCACCGUCCGCGAGAUCAUCUCCAUCGACAAGCUGCUGGGAGUCGUGCCGGGACGCGCCUACAAGAAGCGCUACGACGGCGGCGACGUCACGCUGGAGAAACGCAACGGCGAGGGUGGCCAGGACGUCUACGUGAUGAAGAUGAGGGUGCUGCAGCCCGAUGACACGGGAGCCUAUUUCUGUGAGGCCGCGCAGUGGAUUCGGGACCCGGACCGGUCGUGGCAGAAGAUUGCGCACAGGACGCUGGACAUCGGCAACCUGACUGUUAAGCAACUCUCCGAGUCUCUGAGCGUGACGUCUUCGCCUCAAGGGGAGGUGACCCUGCAGGUGGGCUCGCUUCUCCUUCUGACCUGCGAGGUCAACGGGCUGCCCUCCGACGUCAACUCGGGCCUGCAGGUCCAGUGGAUGAAGAGGGGCUCCGCGGGUGGCGAGCUUGUCGGGUCUGGAGGCGUUGAGGUGGAGGUGGCCAGGAUGAGCCCAGACGGCGUCGUGAGCUGGGGGGACGACGUCAGCCGGGCCAGCGGCGGCUCUAUGGAGAAAGUGGCGGAGGCGAGGUACUCCCUGAAGUUGUUCUCGGCCCGGCCCUCCGACUCGGGCGUUUAUCGCUGCGUGGUGAGCGUGUACGCCGGACGCAGGAUCCCCGCUCCCUCCGCGCCGGCGACACUCACGCAGAGGUCCGAGGGCGUCACGGUCAAUCUCAAGACCAAAGAUGUCGUGGUUUCCGCCGGGGCUCAGCUCGCCCGAGGCCCGCUGCUGAAACGGGGGAGCACCGUCACCCUCCUCUGCACCGCCACCAUCACAACCACCGGCCCCGCGCAGGCUCAGGUGCAAUGGCUGCGAUGGCCCAUCCCAGAGCCGCAGAUCCGGACGCCCGAAAGCCCCGCGCCGGGGCCGUCCGUCCGGGCCGAACCCACGCCGGUCGCCGCUCUCACGUACGACGGCGUCGUGGAGAUCUACGGCAACGGCAGCGAGGUCAGCGUGGACCGCCUGUCCGCCGUCAGCUACCGGCUCAGGAUCCACGCGGCCACCGUUGAGGAUCAGGGCAUGUACGCGUGCCGCGCUGUGGCCUGGGGGCAAGAUCCGCACGGAGGCUGGUACAACUCUGGGGCCGAGGCCGAGUCCAACGCCGUGACUGUGUACUUGUACGCCCGAGUCGCCGACCUCCUCCUCAUCCCGCUGGUGGUCGGCGUGUCGUCCGCCCUGCUGGUGGGCGUCGUCAUCGUCGCCGCGGUGACCUGCUGCUUCAUGAAGCGUCUGGCCAAACAGCGAGCUCGGAGGUAGCCUCCGCAGCCGCCCGCCGUUUUGAGGGUAUGCUGGCCGAAUCGGAUGCCAAACCUUUUAUAUGUGUGUCGUUUUUAUUUUUUGUAAUCGUCUUGCGAGACCACCGGCGUCACAACGCGCCGGUGGUCUGUUGGUCUCUGUUCGAAGCUCGUCGCCAUUCUCCACCUGUUUUUGUUUGUGCUUCAAUGACGAGUCGGCGAUUUUUUUUUUCCUGUGAACUAAAAUGGUUGCUCUUCAUCCAAAUGGUUUUCCCCUAGCAAGCCACGCGAGCAGCUGCUGACUUGACUCAACGGGUAUUGAAGCAAAGACACUUUUUGUUACUUAGUAGGUACUGACUGCGAUUCUCGUCGGCAAAUGGAAGCGCGUUGCUAAAAUGCACUGAGCAGAAGUUUGCACUGUAAAUAUGCUGUUUAAUCUUGUUUGCAAAGAAGCUAAUUCUGCAAAUUCCUUUACAAGGACAAAAAAAAAAAAAAAAAAAAAAAGAAAUGGGACCAAAACCACUUAGCGUAUUUGUUCAAUAGUGGCUGUUUAUUUGCUCAUUUGCAGAUAGUGCUCGGUGUUUGUUUGAGAGGGGGUCUACAUUUGGAGAAAUAAAGGGGCAGUAGUUUCCACUUCAAAGCCAGCAAGCGUUCUGCGUCUAUUUUAAAUUUCUACUUGCUGUAUUAGUUUCUUUUGGAAAAUCAAUCUUUUUUUCCGUAUAAUAUUAUUACUAUACUACUAUACUAUAAUUAUUAUUACUAUUUUUUUCUGACUAACACUUUAAUGUUGUAAAAUCUUUUUUUUUUUUUUCAGUAAAAUGCUAAAUUAUGACUUAAAACAUACUAUUUGAAUCUCAUAAUAUUAGGCCCUUUUUCUCCCAAUUAAUUAUUCUCAUAACGUUUCCCCUCCCAAAAAGGGACUUUAACCUCAAAGCAUUAAAAAUAGACGUGCAACUCUUAAUUGAUUAAGCAACAACUAAUUGUUGGAUUUAUCUCACCCAACACCAAUAAAAAUGCACAAAAGGAAUGAAGACGCUGGUUUCUCUUUCUCAUGAGGAGGGCGAAUGGGAGAUUGUUCAGAUUACAGCCUCUCAAUACGCUCUAAACAAUUCUCAAAUUAAUUGACAGCUAUUUCAAUAGUUGAUUCAUUGUUAAUAAACUUUGCUUAAAUGAAAAAUUUUCUUCAGCCUGUCAACAGUAAAUGUUUUCAGAUUUCUCUAGUCCGCCAUGAAAGCCGACUGAUUAUAUUUGACAAUUAAUUAAUUAAUUACUUGCAUCAACAUAAAACAUUUGCAAACAUCUGCUUUUACUUUGGAAAACAGUGAUCAAAUUUUUUUUCAUUUUUGUGACGUUAUGGAGCAAACCAGUAACUGAAUCAUAAUCAGUUUAUGUUUGUCCAUUUUCUGCACUUUCAAUUUGAAAUAAGGUCCUGUUUUUGAAUAAAUUGAUCAAAAUGUAUUUAUUUAUUUUUAAAAAAAUCUGACGAAUCGAAAAAAUAAUCGACAUUGAUUAUUAAAAUAUUUGUUAGUUACAGCUCUAAAAAAAUUGCGGCCUGAUAAUCUUUCUCUCAAAGAAAUUCAACUUUAAUCUCUGCCUUUUUCUUGAGGAAAUUAAUUUAUUCUCAUAAUAUUAACAGUACAUCUAUACUAAAUAAUAAUCAUAAUGCACUUUUUUUUUUUUUAACCAGCUGACAGGAAGAAUAUAGGGUGUAUAUAUGGCCACUAUUUGAGGAAAUACACUUUUUUCCGUAUGUUUGUUUGAUAUUUUCUUUUUUUUUUUUGUUACAUUUGCGGGUGACUUUACUUUGGUUAAGUGACUAAGGCGGACAAACGGUGCUGCGAUGGGCAAUUCCCUGUAUGUGUGCGUGCAUCUUGUACAAAAGUAACAGAGAAGCUGUUGUUGUCUUUCACUGAACACUUGUGACGAAAGCCUCUCUCUGUUGGCACUCAAAAACACAAAGGAUGAAAAUGAAAGUGAGCCUCCAUUGGGGGGAAAAAAGGUCCUCUCUGCUUGUGUUGUAUAUUUUCUGGCGUCCUCUCGUAAAGCCUGAUUAUAAAUGUUUCGCACGAACAUUGGAGGGGGGGGGGAAAAAAAUCACAGCAUUCUGAGCCACUUUGCUCCAGAUCAACCACUUAAAGCUGAUUUUUUUUCCCCAGCCCACUGGAACACCCCACACUGGCACAGUUGCGCGAGCACGCACAGCCUGGGCGACGGGUGAUAAUCCCACUUUAGAACGGUCCACACCCAGCCCCCAGAAGAACACGUGUUUAAUGCGUCAAACCCUUUCGUGUGUCAUUUGCGGGGUGUUUUACCGCUGUCCCUGAACGCAUCUUGAAAAGGUCUCUCAAGGUGCUUUUGAUUAAUAAUAAAUCAUUCUGCCAUUUCUCACUUUUGCUCCCAUGUCUCAUUUGUGUCUGGUGCUAAUCCGCUGUUGCAGAAUGUUCUGGAAAUUGUCGUGUCCCGUGCAUCCUCUGGCUUUUUGUGUCUUGAAAAAUUCUAAAUUCUCAUAAAAUAUCACAAAAAUAGAAUUAUAGAAUAGAAUUUCCUCUUCUAAGAUUGCACUUUUUGUGCAACUUUAAUCUUGUAAUAUUACAAAUUGACCGGUUUUCAUAAAAAAAAAAUAAAAUCUAAUUUUGUAAAUUUCUUACUUUUCUUAACUACAAAACCACAAUUUUAAUCUUGUAAAAUUAUAACUUUGUCAAUGAAACAAAUACAACUCUAAUUUCCUACAAUUGUUAUGCAUUUUUCUUU